UGCUCGGUGGUUAAUGGUGUCCAAAGAGACUACUUUCAGGAUGCUAAUUAUAUGUUUCUACGUAGGACUACAUUUCGGGUACGCUAUCUUCGAUUCUUUCCGAACAUAAGCGUGUUUUGAAACCCAAUAUGCAGUAGCUAACAGACUUAGAUCACCUCUGGAAAGCUCGUAUCAAUUAAUUUCAGUCGUCUACCCGUCUCACAAUAUCUAUAUCUACCAUCAUGUUCGCUCAACUCUUUCGUUCGACGACGCUCCGAGCCUCUCCGGUCUCCUCGGUGAAGGCAAGCCUACCUCAGAUGCGGUCUUUGGCCACCGUAGACCGCCGUUUUGCUUCUACCAGACGCUUUGAGCCGGCCACCUUCACGAUCCGGAAUGGGCCUGUAUUCCAUGGCAAGUCCUUUGGAGCUAACACAAACAUCUCUGGUGAAGCCGUUUUCACCACCUCUUUGGUCGGAUACCCCGAGUCUCUGACUGAUCCUUCUUACCGCGGCCAAAUUUUGGUCUUCACACAGCCUUUGAUUGGUAACUACGGAGUUCCUUCAGCCGAAAAAGAUACAAACGGCUUGUUGAAGUACUUCGAGUCCCCCAACUUGCAAGCUGCAGGUGUUGUUGUUGCCGAUGUUGCUGAGCAGUACAGUCAUUGGACUGCCGUUGAGAGCUUAGGAGAAUGGUGCGCCCGAGAGGGUGUCCCCGCCAUCUCGGGAGUUGAUACCCGUGCUAUUGUGACAUUCUUGCGUGAGCAAGGUUCUUCUCUUGCCCGUAUUACCGUUGGCGAAGAGUACGAUGCGGAUGAAGAUGAAGCCUUUAUCGACCCUGAGCAGAUCAACCUGGUCCGUCAGGUCAGCACCAAGGCUCCCUUCCACGUCAGCGCUGCCAACCCUGAAUGUCACGUUGCGCUCAUCGACUGUGGAGUCAAGGAGAACAUUCUCCGCAGCCUCGUGGGCCGUGGUGCCAGUGUCACUGUUUUCCCAUUCGACUAUCCCAUCCACAAAGUGGCUCACCACUUUGACGGUGUCUUCAUCUCCAAUGGACCCGGUGACCCAACCCACUGCCAAGAUACUGUCUACCAUCUGCGAAAGCUGAUGGAGACUUCUCAAGUGCCCAUCAUGGGAAUUUGUUUGGGCCAUCAAUUGCUCGCUCUCGCUGCCGGUGCCCGCACUAUCAAGCUCAAGUACGGUAACCGUGCUCACAACAUUCCUGCACUUGACCUUACCACUGGCCGCUGCCACAUCACUAGUCAGAACCACGGUUAUGCUGUGGAUGCAUCUACUUUGCCUAGUGACUGGAAACCUUACUUUGUCAACUUGAACGAUUCUAGCAACGAGGGUAUGAUCCACAAAUCCCGCCCAAUCUUCAGCACUCAGUUCCACCCUGAAGCCAAAGGUGGUCCAUUGGACUCUUCAUACCUCUUCGACAUAUACCUCGACAGUGUCGCCAAGUACAAGAAGAACCAGAGCGUCUUCCAGCCUACUCGUGAAAGCCGCCCCAGUCCCUUGCUGGUCGAUCUUUUGCCUAAGGAACGUGUCGGUGUUGCGCCUACCACGGGUGCGUUGAACAACGCUCGCACUCCAACUGCGCCUUCUCCAGUCUCACAGCAGGCUCCUGCUGCGGCUGUCGCUGCUGCUUAAGCUUGAGGUUGGUGUUUCUUUCCAUUUUGGAUUGGUGUAGGGGUCUUUCUUCGUUAUGAUAUUGAUUUUAGGGUAUAGGUUAUAUAAGGGCAAAUUGCAAAUAUCAUCAUCAUUCAUUACUCAC